CAGAGAGUAUAUUACGCUGGAUAGAACGCUGUGAUAUAACGUGUUUUAUACGCUCUGGCAGCCGCUGGCAGCGUAUAUGCCUGCACUCUGGUGUGGUGAAAAGGCGGGAAAGUACGUGGCUGGCGGCAAGGUCGAAGGCUACUUACGUGCGGGCGCGUGCGUACGGUGGGGUGGGAGCGGCUGUCGCUGCUGUCAUUUAUCGUUUUAUCGUCAUUAAAGGCAUUCCACCCCCCCAGUACCACCGUAAAUACAGUCCGUUUUUUGUUAUUGAUUUUUUGAUGGAAUCAUUUUUGUGACGACGUUUGUAUUAAAUUUAACUUUUGCUAGUUUGUUUGUGUUGAAAGAGUAGAGAAUGUACUUGAUAUUUUUUAAAUUAUUUUGAUAAAUAAGCUUCUUUUACGAGCAAUAAUGGUUAUUUGUGGAAAGAUUAAAACAAUAUUGUGGUGAUAAUUUGUGUAUAUAUGGGAAGUGCAGUAAUUUGUGGUGUUUUGUGUUGAGGUUAUGUUUGUUUUGUCACCAUGAGUGACCACGAAUUGGAAAUUGUGUUUGAAAAUGUUGCUAAUGAUAGUGAAAAUCGUAAAGUAGAAAAUACUUCAGAAACAGAUGUUAUAUGUCUCUCACAUAUUUCCAAAGCCUCGGAGAUUCCCAAAAUAUCGCUUGAAAAGGCACAAAAAAUAAAAUUCGAUACUUCUGAAUACCUUAAGAGCCGAAUUGAAAAAAUUAAAACUAAAUCGGAAGAUGCUCCGAAACCAAUUCGGAGGCAGAUAGAAGUAGAUCAUCCAAAAUUAAAAUUGAAGAGUGUGAAGUAUGCUUCGAGAAAUGAAAUGGGAAAAAAAAAACUUCAUCUUUAUUCUGUAAAAGAUGGUAUCAAUGGGCAUUUUGUUCCUUCCAAAACAUUAACUGAGGAGAAAGCCGAUUCGACAAUAUCAGAAUCAACAACAUUUAAAGCAUCUCCUGUAAAUCCUGAAAAAACGUUUGAGGAUGAAGAUACUUUAAUUGAUUCUUUUGCUAAAGAAAUUUCGGAUGACUGUCCAGGAUCGUCUUCUUCCCUGGCAACUCAGUUUUCUGAGUCACCUUUUCACUUGCAAAAUAACUUCAGUAAAUACAGCGAUCCUUCCUUAAAAUCUCCAACAGGUGGGCAAGUAAAUUAUUCCAAAGAAAAAUUACAUUCUUUUGGAAAACCUCAGUGCCUUCAAAAAAACAGAAAUUUUCUUAACAGCACUUUACCUUCUACUGAUCUAAAAGAAGGGUCAAAAUAUGGUACAUCUCCUGAAUUGCUGCAAUGGGUCCAAAAGGAUAGCAAUGUAUCCACUAUUUCUUCAACGUCUGAAUUGAGUGAAGUAGUUAAAGUUCAUAAUUCCAAACAAGAAUAUCCUGAGACACCUCAGUGUUCUCCGAACAACAAAAUUAUUGUUAACAGCUGUUCGUCUUCAACUGAUCUAAGCGAAGGAUCAAAAGACAGUCAAACAUCAUCUCCUGAAUUGCUGCAAUGGAUCCAAAAGAAUAAGAACAUAGUACACAGUACAUCUUCAACAUCUGGAUCGAGUAAACUAGUUGAAGUUCAUAAUUCCAAACAACAUGAAUCUGAAACACCUCAAUACUCUAAUAGCAAUAAAAUGCUUGUUAACAGUAGCUUAUCUGCUACUGUCACAAGUGAAGGAUCAAAAGAUUCUAAAACAUUUCCUGAGUUGGUCCAAAAGAAUAAAAGUAUAGCACACAGUGCUCCUCCUUCAACAUCUGGAUGGAAUGAAUGUGCAAAAGUCCAGUCUGGAGCAUCCCCAUUGCCCACUCAGCCACAAAUAAAAUUGUCUUACCAGCUCUCAAAACGUCCCAAUAAGUUCUCAAUAAAUGGUUCUCCUGCAAGUAGUCCAAGAAAUCGUAAUUUUUAUUCUAGUUUGAAUAAAUCACCAAAGAGUGGGAAUCGGGCAUCUUUAUCACCGAUGAAUAAUACAUUUUCAGUGAAUCAUGCACCUAAUGGAAGAGGUGUUAAACGGAAAUUAAAUUUUUCAAAUACUUCCUCCGAAGUAAGUAGCACCAUUGAAAAUUGUAAAAAGACUGGGAAUAAAAUUCCAACAGGUGAUGAGGCAGAACCUGUAACUUCUUCUCAAGUACUUUCACAAAUUUUUGGUGCAUAUCACCUCCGGCAAUUAAAACUUCAUAUUGAUUUAGUGCUAGAAGAUAGUAGUUCAAGGAAUCUCAUAAAUGACCAUGAAAUGGAAAUUAUUCAGAUAUUUUUAGAUAUGAACUCAGAGUGUCAAGAUUUAUAUGCUCGAAUGCAUAAUAGAAAACAUAAAUGGAACAGAAAAUCUGAUAUUAAAUAUGACACUGCUACAGUGGAGAAUUUGUGUAUUUUACAAGAGAAAGGCUUCCUUGUGACUGAUAUGCUUGACUUGCUGAAGGUUGCUGAACUGAAGGACUUGUGCAAAUCGUUGGGUAUAAAGUCUGCCCAAAAUAAGAAGAGCCUUUCUAAAGAAAUGAUUAACUAUUGUCAGUCUCAAAAAACUCUUGGCUUUCAACUACAAGUUGUUUCAUCAGAAGAAGUAGUGAAGCAAAGGAUUGAAAAUAUUUUGGGGACUUGCUUUAUAUUAUCAACUGAACCUCGUGGAUUAUUUCGGCGUAUUCACCUUCUGUUCAAUUUAAAAUUUAAUAGAAAUGAGCAAUCUAGAGGUGGUUCUCAAGAUUUAUUUGAAAUUCAGUUUGUAGGCACAGAAAAGGCUUUGUACCCAAAAUGCAGCCUUGAUAAAACAGUGAAAAUUUUUACAUCAAGGGAAGACUUGAUAAAGUUUCAAACUGCAGUAGAUUUGCAAACAGAGUUUUCAGCAGCAGUAGGCAUUAAAGAUUUUAAAAAAGCCGAGGCACUUCUAAGUACCAUAAGAAGUAAUUUCAUAUCUGAAUUUGAUUUUAUUUCUGAGUUUGAUGAUUCACCUCGAAACUUUCCCAGUAACCUUCCAUUAUCUUUGCGGAAGUUCACUCCAGGCACUGUGUAUGCUUACGUGUUGACUGAAGGUGUUGAUAUGUUGAAGAAACUGAAAAAAAAGGAGAAAGCUAUUGAUGAUCUUCUCCUUCUGUUGGAUCAAACUACAUUCCUUCCUUACAUGCGAGGGCGAUGGUAUGAGAAACUCAUAAUACUCCAUCGUACAGCUGGUCAACACAAGGAGGUUGCCAAAGCAAUUUGUGCUGGAAUGAGAGAUCCUCACAUGGAUGAUCAAGGUUCCUAUGUGAUGUCAUGUCGGAGCAGGGAAUUAAUGAGGAAGAAAUUCAAGGGUGUUGAUCAGGAAAUAAAAUUAAUGCUUAAUGAUGUACCUCUGUUUCCUGAACUGGAGUAUGUGGAUCGAAUUGAAAUAAGAGCAUGUGCACUUGAUGGAAAAUCUGGUUAUAAGAGAGUUUAUAUUCAAGAUGAUGAAACAGGAGAUGGUAAAAAGUUUUCAUCUGUUGAAGAACUUGUUAAAAGUCAUUACUGUCCCAGAAAUUUUAAACAGGGAAUUCAUGCUGAGAACAGUUUAGUAUCAUCACUGUUUGGAAUUUUGUUUUGGGAUAUUAUUUAUGAGUGUCAUGUUCCAUGUGCAUUCAUUAGUCCAUAUCAAACAAGACCUCUUGAUUUAAGCACAGGAGAAUUUUAUAAGAAUAGGCAGGCUGCCAUUGAUACUAAAUUGGCUAAGAUAUCAGAAUGGACAGACAAUGAUGUAUCUUCAUGGGUGACAGACGUUUAUGAUAAAAAUUGUGGAAAAUCAUCUGUUGUAUAUUGGAAAUGGUUCAGCAGUUCUGCAGAUAUUGUGAAUAUUAUUAACUGCAUUGGUGUGCAAGUUCUUUCAAAAAUAUGUGAGAGGUAUGCCAAAAAGUAUCGUGGUGUGCGCAGUGGUUUUCCAGAUUUGUGUUUGUGGUCGCCAGGUGAAAAAAAUAAGGUUGCUAGGCCUGUUGCCCGUUCCUCUUUCCCAGUAGACCUGUACAAGUUUGUGGAGGUUAAAGGUCCUAAUGACACACUGAGCACCAAUCAAAAGUUAUGGUUGGAUUUUCUUGUAAAAAUUAAUGCCAAUGUGGAGAUUUGUUCUGUUGUAGCUCAAGGAUCAAAGACUGUGAAGGCUUCCGGUACUUCAAAGCAGCCAAAUCCUACUUUUGAAGGUGUUGAUGAGGAAAUGUGCCUGUGAAUUAAUGAAAUAUUGGUGUUAAUUUCCAAUUUUACUGCAAUUACAUUUUUAAUAUUGCUUAUUUUAUAGCAACCCUACUCUAAAUGAUGGGGUAAAGAUUGUUGUUUUUCUGUCAUUGAAGUUCUGAAUUAAUUGUUGCACAGUUCUUGUUACAUUUAAAGACAAUCAACAUAUUUCUAUCAAUAUGUUCUGUAUAUACAAUUUUUGAAAUGUUGUUGAUUCACUGCUAGCCAGAAAGUAACUUUUUAGGUAAAACUGGCUUCCUUGACUAAAUUUAACAGGCUAAAGAUUUCAUUUUUCCACCUGUCAAUCCUUAUUGGGAUUUUUAUCAUAAAAAUCUGUCCUCUAUAUUGAGUUGUUUUUUAUGUAAUGUUUAUUGUAAUAAUUAUAGAUAUACCUUACAAAAUUCUCUAUAAAAGAUUGAAAUGUAAUGGAAAACCAAAAUCUUUUAGUCUGUUCUAUUAUAACAUAUUAUAACAGUUAAGGCUUUAAUUAUUAAAUAAUUAUAGUGGAGCUCAAAGGUAUUUGUUACCUCAAAGAUGUAAGGUACAAUGUAUUUUUCUUAGUAUGAUGGUAUUUUGGGAAUAUUGAAUGAAUGAAGUGUGAUUCAGAUAAUCUUUUAAAAAAAAAAUUGUGUUAAGACUGAAAUUAAGUGAUGUUUAUAACUAGAAUUUUUAAUGUAUGUUUUCCAAAAAUAUUUUUUUUUAUUUUCAAAGAUUUAAAAAUUAUUUUGAGUUGUGUAAACUUUUGUUGAAAAUCAUUGAGAAAAUGUUACCUAAAUUAAUACUUAAUGGGAUAAGUAGUUUUUUUUAUGUGUAAUGAUUAUUUAAUCUAUUGCCAUUAAAUGUAACUUCAUAAAAUGUGUUACAUGACAUGAGAUAGAAGUAAUUAUUGCAAAACAUAGAUUUUGAUAAAGUGUUUCUGUUACAAUUCUAGUCUCAUUAAAUAUUCAAAGUUAUGCAAUUGUGAGUAAUUUUUUUGGAAACAUUCUUUUGAGACAAUUUUUUUUCUCUUUUACAUUGGGUUUAAGAUUGUCAAUUAAUAAUGUUUGUACAUUUGUAUUUUAUGUUCACUAAUCCAAUAUAGAUUAUUAUUUUGACUAUACUAAAACUUAAAGUUACUGAAAUUUAAACACUAGUCAUUUAUGUUAAUGAAUUUGAUACUACAUAUUAUUGUAGAAACAAUAUACCAGUGCUAAUUUUAGAGUAAAUGUUGCUAUUCAUUUGAUGAAGUGUAGAAUUGUUAUGUAUAAAGAAAGUAAUAUGAAUAUAUUUCUAUUGUGCUACAAAUGACAUGUAAAAGGCUGACUCUACAAUAAAAAUUUAGCUUCCU